AUGCAAAUUGGCAGUUCGAAAACCCCUCAUACCGAAGCCGGGGAGACACCUAUGAUUUGUUAUAGUGAGAAAUUCGGUAAACGAGGUACCCUCUUUGUAACAAAGUUUAGCCUUAAAGUCAAAUUGCUCCUUAUCUUUAAAGAGUUUGCUAGUAAUGAACUAAUACAACCAAUGUGA